AUGGCAAAUAUGAAUCACUCUUCCGUUCCUUCCACCGUGACGGACUCCGUGCUCCAAAGCUCGCAACCGGUCCCGGAAGGAUCGCAUGUCGUGAGCGGCGUGGAUUUUGAUCGGUUCCAAGGCCGAGAUAUCACAGUGGCCGAAAUGGUGGACAAUCUGGCCUACACAGGGUUUCAGGGCAGUGCGGUCGCAGAGGCGGCAAGCAUCAUCAAUGAAAUGCGUGCGUUCCGCGACCCGGAAACCGGCAACAAAACUACCAUCUUCCUCGGAUUUACUUCCAACCUCAUUUCGUCCGGCCUGCGAGACACCCUGCGCUAUCUGGUCAAGCACAACCAUGUCUCGGCUAUUGUAACAACUGCGGGUGGAGUGGAAGAAGAUUUGAUCAAAUGUUUGGCGCCGACAUACCUUGGUUCAUUCUCGACCCCAGGAGCAGGUCUCCGCAACAAAGGUCUUAACCGCAUUGGCAAUCUGAUUGUGCCCAACAACAACUACUGUGCAUUUGAGGAUUGGGUGGUACCUAUUUUGGACAAGAUGCUAGAGGAACAAGAGGCGGCCAGAGAAAAGGCUCGGGAGACAGGGGAUGCGGAGGACGAGCUGCACUGGACACCCAGCCGCAUCACCGAGCGUUUGGGUCGUGAGAUCAACCAUGAGGAUUCGGUCCUGUACUGGGCCGCCCGGAAUGGAAUCCCCGUAUUCUGUCCAGCUCUGACCGAUGGCUCCCUGGGCGACAUGCUCUACUUCCACACCUUUAAGUCUUCCCCACAGCGACUGAGGGUUGACAUUGUAGAUGAUGUGCGCCGUAUCAACACCAUGGCUGUGCGAGCUACCCGGGCCGGCAUGAUCAUCUUGGGUGGUGGUGUUGUCAAGCACCACAUUGCUAACGCAUGCCUCAUGCGAAAUGGGGCCGAGCACGCAGUUUACGUGAACACCGCGCAGGAGUUCGAUGGCAGCGAUGCCGGCGCUCGACCAGAUGAAGCGGUGAGCUGGGGAAAGAUCAAGGCAGACGCCAAAUCGGUCAAGGUCUACGCCGAAGCCACUGCAGUAUUCCCUAUGAUCGUUGCAGCCUCAUUUGCUCGUCAAUCGCAGAACUGA